AUGAAUAAAACAAAUAAGAUGAUCUUAUUUUUAUUAAUAGUAUUUCUUCAAGUUGUAUUGAUUAAUGGUAUAGAAAUAUAUAUUACAUUGAAUUCAAAUAAAUUGAAAUGUAUAAAAGAAAGAAUUAACAAAGAUACAUUAGUUGUGGGAAAGGUUAAAACAGACAAUGAGAGUUACUUAGUUUCACUCUUCAUAUAUGAUUCAGAUGUAAGUGAAAAAAAUUUUAAUUAUCAACCUAAAUUACCUAUAUUUGAAUCUAGAAAUGAACAUGAUAUAAAAACAGCGUUCACAACUUUUUUUUCUACUUCUUAUUCUUUUUGUUUACAAAAUAGAUCAAAUAAAAAUAUGAAUGUUUAUUUAGAAAUUAAACAUGGAACAGAAGCAAGAGAUUAUACACGAAUAGCAAAAACAGAACAUUUAAAUAAAGCUUCAAUAUAUUUAAAACAAAUUAUUGAUCAAAUGAAUAACUUUCAUGUAAAUCUUAAAAGAAUUAAAGCAAUGGAAGAAAAAGAAAAAGCGGCAAGUGAUAAGUUAAAUGAUACUUUAAUGUGGUUUUCAAUUAUUAAUAUAAUUAUUAUUUUUAUUGCCGCAAUUAUACAAGAUUUUUAUUUUAAAAAAUUUUUUACAUCUAAAAAAAUUAUUUAA